CUCCUCACUCCACAGACAUGUCGCACAAUAGCUGAAGUAAAGCUGUCAUCUCGGCUCGUCCUCUGAGCCUCCAGAGAAACUCCCGGCGGUCGGAUCGGAGUCGUCAGCCUCUCCUCGGUGUCCCCCUUCGCCUCGGACUCUACGUUUGCACACGGCUGGAUAUGAAUUAUGAGCAUUUUCCUCACUAAUGAACCGGGCCAGUAAUGCAGGAGACCGCGGCGACUCUCUCAUCACUGUUUCAAGAUGGCAGAUUUUCAUUGAGUUUUGAGCAGAAAUCUCGCUUGAUUUUUUGCCAUGAAUAACAGAAAUCCUUGCACCGAUGGCCCCUAUAUACGAAGGUAUGGCCUCGCAAGUGCAAGUGUUCUCCCCUCACACUCUCCAAUCAAGUGCCUUCUUUAGCGUGAAGAAACUGAAGGUGGAGCAGAGUUGUAACUGGGAUAUGACAGGGUACGGCACACACAGCAAAGUCUACAGCCACAACAGCAGCAAGAACUUGUCGGCCACCAGUGGCCCCCUAGGCAUCAACAGCUCCCUGCAGGUCGCCAGCUCCACCCUGCCCUACGAGCAGGCGCUCAUCUUCCCAGCCAGCGCGGGCCACAUCGUGGUCGCCUCAGCCAGCAGCACUUCGGGGGCCGUGGGGUCUCUGCUGGGCAGCGGGGGUGGAGGCAGCAGCAGCAACAGCAGCGGUGGUGGAGGCGGGGGCGGUGGAAGUUUGGGCGGUGGGAUCGGUGUUCACAACCUGACCCGCCGCAGCACGGUCAGUCUCCUGGAUACGUACCAGAGAUGCGGGCUUAAACGCAAGAGUGAGGAGCUUGACAACAACAGCAGUGUGCAGAUCAUUGAGGAGCACGGCCCACCCAUGAUACAGAACGGAGCAGCCAGUGGGGCCACGGUGGCCACGGUGGCCACCGCCACCUCUACGGCAACGUCGAAGAACAGCGGCUCCAAUAGCGAGGGGGAUUACCAGCUAGUGCAGCAUGAGGUGCUCUGCUCCAUGACCAACACGUACGAGGUGCUGGAGUUCUUAGGGAGAGGAACCUUCGGACAGGUUGUGAAGUGCUGGAAGAGGGGCACCAACGAGAUCGUGGCGAUAAAGAUCCUGAAGAACCACCCAUCGUACGCACGGCAGGGCCAGAUCGAGGUCAGCAUCCUGGCGCGUCUCAGCACGGAGAGUGCAGAUGACUACAACUUUGUGAGGGCCUACGAGUGCUUCCAGCACAAGAACCACACGUGCCUGGUAUUUGAGAUGCUGGAGCAGAACCUGUACGACUUCCUGAAGCAGAACAAGUUCAGCCCCUUGCCGCUCAAGUACAUCAGACCCGUGCUGCAGCAGGUGGCCACAGCGCUAAUGAAGCUGAAGAGCCUGGGGCUGAUCCAUGCGGACCUUAAGCCGGAGAACAUCAUGCUGGUGGACCCGUCUCGACAGCCCUACAGGGUUAAAGUUAUCGACUUUGGAUCUGCCAGCCAUGUGUCCAAAGCAGUCUGCUCCACUUAUCUACAGUCCAGAUACUACAGGGCUCCAGAGAUCAUCCUGGGCCUGCCGUUCUGUGAGGCCAUAGACAUGUGGUCCCUGGGCUGUGUGAUAGCUGAGCUCUUCCUGGGAUGGCCCCUCUACCCCGGAGCCUCAGAGUACGAUCAGAUCCGGUACAUCUCACAGACGCAGGGCCUGCCUGCAGAGUAUCUGCUGAGUGCAGGGACGAAGACCACCAGGUUCUUCAACAGAGACCCAGACUCCACCUACCCUCUCUGGAGACUAAAGACUCCAGAGGACCACGAGGGUGAAACAGGGAUCAAGUCCAAGGAGGCUCGCAAGUACAUCUUCAACUGCCUGGAUGAUAUGGCACAGGUGAACAUGACGUCAGAUCUGGAAGGGAGCGACAUGUUGGCAGAGAAGGCCGACAGGAGGGAGUUCAUCGACUUGUUAACCAAGAUGUUGACCAUCGACGCAGACAAGAGGAUCACCCCCAUCGAAACUCUCAACCACCCCUUUGUGACGAUGUCGCACCUCCUUGAUUUCCCGCACAGCACACACGUCAAGUCGUGCUUCCAAAACAUGGAGAUCUGCAAGCGCCGUGUCAACAUGUACGACACAGUCAACCAGAGCAAGACGCCCUUUAUCACCCACGUGGCCCCCAGCACCUCCACCAACCUCACCAUGACCUUCAACAACCAGCUGAACACUGUGCACAGCCAGGCCACCAACCUGGCUCCCUCCUCCACCAACAAUGCCACCCUUUCCUUUGCAAGUCCUGAUGUCUCCAUACUAAACUACCAAUCUGCACUCUACCAGCCCUCCGCUGCCUCCAUGGCAGCCGUGGCCCAGAGGAGCAUGCCCCUGCAGCCUGGGGCUCCCCAGCUCUGCGCCGCCCGGCCCGACCCCUUCCAGCAGGCGCUCAUCGUCUGUCCACCUGGCUUCCAAGGGCUGCAGGCAUCCCCCUCCAAGCACACCAGUUACUCUGUGCGGAUGGAGAAUGCUGUUCCCAUAGUGACCCAGGCCCCUGGUGCCCAGCCUCUUCAGAUACAGCCUGGCCUGCUCACACAGCAGGCCUGGCCCAGCGGCACCCAGCAGAUCCUUCUGCCUCCAGCCUGGCAGCAGCUCACCCACACCUCAGUCCAGCAUGCCACUGUCAUCCCCGACUCCAUGAGCAGCACACAGCCUCUCACCAACUGGAGGAAUUCCCAUCCUCAUGGCAGCCAUUACAAUCCCAUCAUGCAGCAGCCAGCAUUGUUAGCUGGCCAUGUCACGCUCCCAUCAAACCAGACGCUAAAUGUUGGAGUGGCACAUGUAAUGAGGCAGCCGCCAGCCAGUAACAACUCCUCUUCCAAAAAGAACAAACAGCACCAGAUGUCUGCCAGGAACAUGUCAGCCUACGAGGUGUCGUCCUCUCAGGCGGUGCUGUCCCCGCAGCGCUCCAAGAGGGUGAAGGAGAACACGCCUCCGCGCUGCGCCGUGCUACAGAACGGCUCCACCUCCAACUGCCCGCCCCAGCAGGGAUGUGGGGGCAGCAGUUGGGGGGGUAACGAAGCAGAGCAGGCGUCCAGCACCACCAGCGACCAUCAGCACCAGCAUCACGUCCCCAGACAGACCAUCAUCAUCCCCGACACGCCCAGCCCUGCAGUCAGCAUCAUCACCAUCAGCAGUGACACGGAUGAGGAAGACGACCACAAACAAAACAACAGAUCGUCUUCAAAGCAGCGGAAGAAUGUCAUUAGUUGCGUGACAGUCCACGAUUCACCCGAUUCUGACUGUUCCAGCAACAACAGCCCAUACACUGUGGAGUCCAGACCCCCCAACAACAACAGCUACGACACAAAGACCACCAUCCUGGACAACUACAACAACGGGAACCCCCGGACCAUCAUCAUCCCCCCUCUGAAAACCCAGAACAGCGAGGCCCCCAGUGAGUGUGAGCAGCUGAUGCCAGAAGCAAUGAACCAUCUAAAUUCAGCUUACAAAUUCAAAUCCUCCAAUGGGGUGUUGUCUGGCAAUAAUCACCUGCCAGGAGGCGGGUCCUAUCGACAGCAGCGCUCAGGGCCACACCCCCUCCAGCAGCAGCCUCUCAAUCUCAGCCAGGCCCAGCAGCACAUGGUAGCUGAGCGAAAUGGAGGUCAUCGGCGCCAGCAGGCCUACAUCACUCCCACCAUCGCCGCUCAGGCUCCGUACUCCUUCCACCACAACAGCCCCUCCCACACAGGCAACGUCCACCCUCACCUGGCAGCCACACACCUGCCCAGCCAGCCCCAUCUCUACACCUACACGGCGCCUGCUGCUCUCGGCUCCACCGGCACCGUGGCCCAUCUGGUGGCGUCGCAGGGUACGGCGCGCCACGCCGUUCAGCACGGAAGCUACCCGCCCAGCAUCGUCCACCAGGUUCCUGUCAGCAUGGGCCACCGCGUGCUGCCCUCCCCCACCCUACACCACAGCCAGUACCAGGCCCAGUUUGCCCACCAGGCCUACAUCAGCGCCUCGCCCGCCUCCACUGUCUACACUGGAUACCCGCUGAGCCCCACCAAGGUUAACCAGUACCCUUACCUCUAGAGAAGACACUGACUGACACUGGAGAGCCUGACCCAGCUCUGCUGCUUCUCCCUGACCAACCGCCCUGAGCCCCGUCUGCCCCAAACAUCCUCUCCUCGACCUCAGACAUAAACAGAGACAGAGGAACAUGCAAUCCUCAUCAAACUGUCACUUAUAACUUGAAGAUAAAACGACAGAGAGAAAAGAAAAAAAAAAAGAUUCAAGUCUCUCCAGAAGGGAAAGAUGGCGCUGGAUUUCAGAGGGGUACUGUUUAGUUUGUCCUUUAAUUUCUUUCUGGAAAGGGCCAGUUUUGCUUUGAUUUGAUUCUUCUUUGCUUUUCUUUACAAGGAAAUUGAUGUCUCAUUAGUUUUCCAGGGAAGUUUGAAACAGGCCUUUUGGGACAUUGGAGGAUUUCUGGUUUCUUUUCUUUAAUUUUCCCCUCUUAAAUUGGAGAAGAAGUGACUGUUGAACAGGGGUUACUGACUGGAAGUUCGAGAUCCCAAGAGACUUGGGAGAAGGUGAAAUACGGAAACCUGCUGCUCUUCAAAGAAAAAAUAUUGAUGGCCUUGAACUGUCUUAAUAUUUCCAAAUCAUUCACAGUGUGGGGAGAAAAGAGAGGAAAAAACCUCCCCACACUCCACCUUCUCCAGCUGAGGAGGCUUCUGGAAAUAUAACCAACAGAAGACAACAAACUUUUUAGCGUAUUUAUAGAUAUUUUUUUCCUUUACGUUUCACCUUUAUGACAAUACUUCAGUUUUAGCUAGGUGUCUUAGCUGGGCCCCGUUCUUAGAAUGUAGCAGUCUGCACCCGUUUGUUUAAGAAGAAACUUUUUUUCCCCCUAAACCAAUAGUUUCCUCUUUUUUCAAUGUGAUUGCACAAAGUGGUUAUAAUAACAUAGGCAUGUACAACGUGAUUGUCUGUGUGUGCUACUGUCAGCCAUGCGUGUGUAGUCCACCUCCUCAGAUUCUCUUCAGUCCUUAGGUUUUGACAUUGUUCCCUCGUAGUGCCUUACAGAUAUACCGACACAGUUUACUCGGCUUGGAUCCUGAAAGCCACAAGAGACUAUAGCUAUACUUAGAGAGACGUGUUUCCCUGGUUUGAUGCCCCAGUCGGGGCAGUUGUAGCUCUCUUCCAGGUGUAGGCUCAGCCCUUGCUGUUUUCUUGCCCUUAAUGACAGCGUACUAUAGGUGAUGAAGAUUAACGUCUGACUUGAUAUCACACUGAGUUUUUUAUUAUGUGUGCAUGAGAUAACUUGCCUGGGGUACUUAACCAAAGUCAUAGAUAAAUUCUUGUUACAUUUGCUCUGGAUAUUGAUGUAAAUAUGAAAAUGUACAGUAUAGCUGUAGCUGUAAACCUCCAUCACCCGAAAUGUGGCGUUAGUUUGGAAUAGUUUUUUGUUUUUAUUCCACAGGGGAAAAGAGCUCAGCAGUGAUUCUGCAGGUAAAUUUCCCCAUUCAGAUCCUCCACUGAUAUUCCAGGAAAUUCUGAAAAUGCAUAUUUUAAAGACAAACAGCUACCUGAAUACUCAUGGAUAGAAAACAUUUGAUUUGGUGCAAAAACUAGACAGUGAAAAACAGUGAAAAUUUCAGAAGUGAGUUUAAGAACUAUGCAUCCUAGAAUCCAUUACUAAUGAUAGUUUAACCAAUGUGACUCUAUUAGGGAUGUCCCAUCUGCUUAAACACAUGAUUUCAUUACAUUUGACUAGUCUACAGUCAUAAAAAUACCAUGAAAGCAGUCAAAAUGCACUAUUUUUUGAGGCAGAACCACAGCAGCAUUGGUAAAUAAUGUGACAUUGGUUUACAGAAUGUGGCAAAUGUUAGCAGUGCUAGCACCGCUAGCUUUCGAUCCUCUUUGCAGUUUAAUAUCCACAUUUCUGACCUCAAUGCCUAAGUUAAAUGCUAGUGCAACUCAACACAGCUGUGUACAUUGUUAUCACCAUUUUCAAUCAAUGCUUUCAGUUCACUGUUGUUUACAUUGCAUUAAAGAGCACUACAGCAGCAAGGCAGUAGCUAUUUAGCAUGGCUACAGGGAGCAACUAGUGGCAGGCUUUGAUAGACUUUAAAUAGAGUAUUGGACCGUGAUUGUUGUCCUAAACUAAGAAAAAAAUAUCAUAAUUUCUGUAAACAAAUAGUAAUUCUUUUGCCAUCCAGCAUCUUUGACCAUUUAGGUGGCUAAAUUGGUCAACUUCCUCCUAUCAAUAACAAAAUGUAGUUCUAUAAAAACAUGCAUGGAUUGUCUUUCUAUAUUUGGAAUUUUCAAAAAGUCCAAAAGAGUUUAAUUUGAAAACAACCAGGAACAUGGGUGGUACCAGGUUAAUGUUAAAGUUGGCAAACGGUAACCCCAAUCAAAACCGUUGCUCUGUCACAGUUGCAUUAUGGGCAGUGUUUUUCUUUACCCGUAGAUUGCAAUUAACCAUGUUUUUCUUGAUAUAAGGUUAGCCUAAACCUAACCAUAACUCUACCCAAAGCCAAAAUCUCACCGUUACCCUUGCCGUGAUGCAAUAUAAGGUGAAAUAGAGUCCUCUACAUGAGUAUAUGCCAUCGGUUCAUGCUCAGGUAGCUUGUGGUAAGUCUAACUUGGACAUUUUGGCUGAUAAAUGAAUCUACAAUGGAGAAAAUGAUCUGGAUUUUUACUUCCAGGAUCAUACUCUUGAGCUCUAUUCAUGCAACGUGAUUACAGAGCAGAGAUUUUAGCUUCAUGCAAAGGGAAUGAGUUACAGUACAAUGUUCGAGACACAGUAGAGGUCGUUUUUUUAAGGCUAAAAGCUAGUCCGAGAGAAGGGCCUGACAGAAAGUGAUUGUUGCCACGAGGGGGAUGCUGCGAGGCUAGAGAUAUAGCCAGGCUGCAGCGACAAGACAGAGUAUUGAGGGUUGUUUGAGAGAGACACUGUGUAGGCACGAGUGAGGGGGCUGGUUGAAAGCGUAGGGUCAGUUUAGGUAGGGCAGGGUGACUCUCUCUACCUUAAAUGGGACUAAAACGGUAGCAAGUUGGCACUGAGCAGGUUGAUAGUAACACUGAGCCCGGGUGGUUGGUAGGAGCCGAAGAGGCACUACCUUACCUGAAUGCACACUUAAUGAAUCCUUUCGUUGUUGUCAUUUCUUGCAGUUGUUGUUUGUUUCUUCAGCGAGGAUAAUUGGAUGUUAUUUGUCGAGGUUUGGGUAGCAGCUGCAAGAACAGAACAGGAGGGAAAUGCCGCAGCGUACACCUGGAAGGGCACCUUGUGGACGAUUAGUUGUCACUGUCCAUUUGUCUUCGAACCAGGUACACCGCAGACAUCGCCACUCCAGCUGAACGGGAUACCUGAACACUUAGAGAACCAAUAGGGCUGUCGCUUUGUGUGUUUGCUGCUUGAUUUAACAGACAUUUUUUUGUUUUCGUAGCCAAUGAUUCAAAUAAUCUCCUUUGUUCAUUCGUCCCCUUGAACUCGGGCACAUCAGAACUGCUGAUGGUUUAGUGAAAGCCUCCCCUCCCUUCAUGGUAUGCCAUAGUACUUGCAUUUGAAGUGAUUUUUUUUCUUUCAUUUUUUUAACUUAACAUUAUCUCAGACUUUUUGACAUGGCUGUAGUACAUGUUGUGUUUAUUUUUUAGAGAUUGUUGCAAUAAUUCUUGUGGAUGUUUUAUCAGAGUGUGUGUGUGUGUUUUUAUUAUAUGUCAGGCUCAUUUCUAUUUUGUAACCUGGGGGUUGAUGUACAGUAAUAUUUAGUAUUCCUCGGAGAUGGGUGCACCUGUGUAAAGUGUUGCGAAACACUGCUGAUGAUAGAGUUAAGUGUGGUGAUAAUCCAAUCCAAAGGGGCCCAGAUAAACCCGUGGUUCUCAGCUGGUGUAGCCUUUGGAUCCACCACCUCUUUAAUCGGGAGGAGCAGGAGCCAAAUUUCCCAAAAUCAACUAUCGCUUGAAUGGAAUAUGUUGCUGUUUGGACCUAAAACUGGAACAAAACAGACGACUGAACAAACAGAAAGGUCAAAAUAAGCAUGAUUGACAAGAGCAUAAUUGCAAAACACUCUAGUAGGACAUGCCUUCAUUUUAUUUUACUCCAUUUCAUAUGCAAUGUGCAAAUUCAUGUUGUUUUUAAUGGAUCUUGAGAAAUUUACCCAUUUUUGGAUGCUUUUCAAUUGUUGGACCUUUCCCUAGAAACUAGGAACCUUCUGAGGAACUCUGCUUUUUAAUUCCAGGGUAGAAAAUUGACUCCUUUAAAAGUCCCUGCACAGGGGGAAGUACUUUCCAAAAGCUCAGGAACUGGAAGGACUCAGGCUGUAGAAGGGAUGCACAGUGCAUUAAUUCAACAUCCCUAUCGGCCAGUAUUGGCACUUAUAAUAGCCAUAGGCCAUCUGCAAGAAAGUGGGCAUAAGCAUUAAAUCAAUUUAAUGUGGACACUUGACACACCGCAUAUGGAAUUUGGGCAGAAGAUGAGAGCUAUUGGACAAACUCUAAAGUGUGUCAUGGUCAAACAUGAGAGAGUAGGAUGGCAUUGUGGGAGGGUGACACUGAAAGAAGCAAUGAAAACAGUAUCAGCACCAGUUCAGGCUGUCAAAUUAUCAAUUUUUAAACAUUAUUAUCCCUGAUUUUUCCAGUCAGCGCAUCUCUAGGCUGCAGUGCCGAGCGUUCCUGAUUGGCUACUAGGUCAACAACUCUGCCUUUGACCCUCAGGUGACCACAGAGAUCAUUAGCCUUCUAAUGGUUGGCAAACAGUCAGUUUUAGAGCUUAAGAAGCCUUUCAGAGAAGAGGCUAAACAUCUCCAACAACCUUGUCCAAGUCUAGUUGAUCUGUCUGGAUCAAGCAUUGGCUAACCUGGAAGGCUGAGCACCUACAUAGGCAUUUAAUACAAUAUAACUCUAUAUAACAGAAUAUAGAGCCUGUGUCAGCCCCCCUGACCCAGACCCUUCAUUACCAAACAUCAAAAUAUUUGAAAAGUCACAAAAAAUCUUUGGCAUCAAAAUCCAUGCACCCAUUUUCUAUACUGCUUAUCCCACUGGGGGUUGCAGGGGGGCUGGAGCCUAUCCCAGCUGUCAUUUGGUGAGAGGCUGGGUACACCCUAAACUGGUCACCAGUCAGUUGCAGGGCUGGCAUCCAAAUCUUUACUUGAAAUUGAUCUGAUGGUGCUUUUACUAAGUGAUAGGACUUAAGACCUGGGUGGAAAUGCAGACAAUGCUGGGCCUCAGGAACCAUCUAGUUCCUUGGAGAGGCAUAAAGUUCCUGUUUUUUUGGUUCAAAAGCGGCUUUUGUCCCCCCUAGAUAAUGAGCUAAGAAAGUCAAGAUCUUAUGAAAACAACCAAAAUGUAGUUAUAAUUGCAGCAAAAUGGAGAAAAAUCAAACAUAUGGAUAUGUGUCCAUGUUAUCCUCUAUAUCGUAGACUUUUGCUGUUUUCUAACCACACAUUUGCAAUCCAUUGGAAACAGCUUCCACCUUCAGGUCCUGACUCACUAGUUGAGAACCACUGGUAUACUAGAUGAUGCCCCGGCUCUAUGAGGCCAAGCCCUGGUUUGAAAUCUCCCUUUAUGGGCCCUAGAGAGGUUUGUCAUCCUGGUACUUGUUUCCCAAAACCUCUCCACUCCCCUUCAGGUCCAGCAUGCAAGCCUCGGGUGCAGGCAGUGUAAAGAUGUGAUUACAUUGCUGGUUACAUCAUACUUCUCUGUUCUGUUUUUGUGUUUUUAUUUUAUUGUAUCGACUUAAUUUCCUCUAGGCCUUCAGGGUCUAAGCACACAAGCAUAUAAGGGAGAUGAUUAUUUUCCAUUGGGUCUUCUGUUGUGAGACAGACUACUGAAACAUUCCACUGUUUUGAGGGAAUUUGGUGUUACCCACGCUACACUGCUGUUCUGUCCCCCCUCUCAACACGGGGGAUAGCAUCACCAUCACUCUAGGACUUUUUCACUCCUCCCCACCAAAGAAUUCAACAGGUUGAUCAUGUACAGCACAGCACGGAACAGUGCAAGCAAUCCUCCACUAGCGCAAACAGGCAAUAACUUCUGGCAUCAUCUUUACAAGUGCUUUUGAGGACAUUCUCUGCAACACCCAAUCAAAUGCAUGUGUGCAUAUGAUGUUUGAGUACACAGGGAGGAUUUAACAUACUUAAAACAUACAGCACAGUUGUUUUUUUUUAACUGGCAGUUUGUUUUAAAGCUUUUUUUGUUCACACUCGGCCCCGUCGACAUUGAAUGAUCAGUGAUUAUCUAACCUCUCUCCAAAUUAUUAAGCCAGUUCUUUAUUUUUUAUGUUAUUGAUGUUGUAGCUUUAUUGAUGUUGUAUGAAAAUGAAUUUGUAAAAAAGAAAAAGAAAAAAACCCUUGUUUUACAUUAGCGUGCCAUUGAUUAGAAUGAUCUGUGAAAAAUAUUAAUCAAAAAUGUACCAACUAUACCUUUAAAUAUGGUCACCUGCACAAAAUGAAUGUAAUAUGUGACCUGCUACAUCUGAAAUGGCUUUAGAUCCUUCUCAGUGGGUGACCAUUUAAUUUCUACACCAUUUGUGGCCAUGCAUGACGCAAUAAUUACACCCGAUCUCCAGCAAAUCCUAUAAGAGACAUGAUGUAAAAUUACCACUUUAAGAGGAUAUCAAAAGAUCACUAUUUUCACUAAUUGAACAUCCAAUUAAGAGAAGCCCUGUAUGUGCAACAUCGUGGAACUUGAUGUGUAUGAUACCUUUGUCUAUUACUCUGUUUCACAUAACCAAUGUUUUGUGUUUUAUAAGAAAGGGGAAUCAGAAAUGUGAGUAGAUCGAGUGACCUUACAAUUUACCAAAAUGUGCUUAAGUAGAGUGUAAAAAUGUUUUGUGUUGUUGAGGUGAGCGUAGCCUUCCCAGCUGGCGACUUUACUGUUAGAGUACUGCCUUCCAAAUAACCAUCAGUACCUCCAAAGUUAACGGUGACAGUUGAAUUAGACGAGAGUAAAUAAGGCAGCAUCUCUGUCGGACGUUCUCCUUUAAAAUACACUCAAACUUCCAGCGUUGCUCAUAGAAACUUCUACUGCAGAAGCUUGUGAACAAUGGAGAAACAUUCCCAAGAGCAGGGUGGCUCACUGUGCUGCAUUAUAAAAUAUAUAUUACAAAAAUAGUAUAUAUUGUUCGUUAGACAAGUCAACUUCACUCCUGCAAAAAGUGAGCAGACAGUCUGCAACCUGCACACUCUGACACUUUAAGGUGCACAAAAACUGUAAUAGUCUGAACCAAUGAGUAAGUACCUUCUAGAUAACCUCUGAAAUUGACAUAGAUACCUGGAAGCAAAUAAGUAGAGAAACAUGAGUUAAGCUACACUAAAGGCCUGUGUCCACGGAUGCCAUUUUUUGCACUGGCAGUACCUACAACUUCAGUGUCAGAGUGCUUCUAAACAGCAAGGUCACAGAAGUUUAUCUCUGCUCUCCACUGCAGUAUGCACGUCAUUUUAAAACAGCUCCAUGUGCCUAGCAUUUUCCUGUUUCAAGGAAAAAUCUCCAAGAAAAAAAAAAUGGUGUAAAUGUACACCAGAGUACGGCAACGGCCCACCUCACUUGCAUUGUCAGGGAGGUGUGUGAUAGGAUCCGAAAGAUGGUAACCAAGCCAGGGCAGAGCGAAGCCAGAGGAUACUCUGGUUGAGCCCCAUAGUCGGUCUCCUGUCUUGCCAUUUAAAGCAGCUGUAGACAAAGAGAAAGUUUCCCCUUGAAACGAUAAUUCUGAUUGGUUUAUCACCCACCAUGGCUGUUGAGCCCUGCCCCUUCUUGAUGAGGGAUGGAUUUCACAUGUAUUCAAGUGACUAAACAUGACAUAGGGGCAGAUCCAUGGGGUAAACUACAUAACAUAAGCUCCAAAGGCUGCCAUUGUCAUUGUUCACUAUCAGUGGAGCCAGUUAUUGAACUAAACUCUUGAGAAAGACAGCAAACUGCUACUUCAGCUACAUCCGAGCAAACCACUUCUUCCCUUUCCCCUUUUUUCAUAAGCGUACCAGACCGUUGUGGUGAAGAGGAAGUCAAAGCUUUCUCUUUUCUAGCCAAUCCAUAUUCCAACCCUCAUCUUUGGUCAUACUCUUUGGGUAAUGACUGAAAGAUCGCACAUACAAGUGGUCGAAAUAGAGUUCUUGGGAGGAUGGUUGGGCCCAGCCUUAGAGAAAGGGUGAGGAGCUUGGACCUUUAUGUAGAGCCAUUGCUCUUUCGCGUCCAAAGGAGCCAGUUGAGUUGGCUUCUGAUCAGAAUACCUCCAGGCCGCCUUCCUGUGGAGGUCUUCCAGGCUAGUCCAAUUUAGAGGAGACCCCAGGGCAGACCCAGAACCAACUGUUGGGAUCCCAUUCAGCCUGGGAGCACCACGAAAUCCCCUCAGGAAGAGCUGGAAAACAGAGCUGGAGAGAGGGUUGACUUACUUCGCCCACUGCCACCGUGCCUUGACCUGGGAUAAGUGGAAGAAGAUGGAUAGUUGGAUGGUUGGAUUCUCAGACUGGGCACAAAUGUUUCAGCUUGAAGCUUUGAAAGAUGGAUCCAGAUGAUAACAGACAUGGAAUCUGGCUAUUCCAAUGGCUUUGCAAGGGUAGCUGUGAGCACAGCUACAGCCGGUUUUUACGGCAUAGAUGAGCUUUUCCAGUGCAAAAUUGAGCUGUGGAGACAGGUUAUAAAUAUGGUAGAGUUACAAGGUAACAAAUGAAUAAGCAGCAACUAAAUCAUCAGGGAAUGGUACUACAAGUUAACCCAGAAAAUGGGGAAGCCGCUUUGUAAAUAAUGUAACUGACUGCCUACACCAAAUUGGCUUUGCUUCUAGGUACCAAAUGAGCAACUAAUUGAAACUGUACUAAUUUAGUACUUCCCUGAUAUGAUGCUCCAUUUUGCAGGAAACAAAAUGCAAGUGUUGCAUGCCAAGAUGAUGGAGCACAUGGUUGCAGUGUUCAUAACUCUCCCCUCAUUUUUAAUUUGCGAUAUUUGUUUGACAAUAAUAAAGGCUUUCUGUUUUAUUCUAACUGAUGAAUAGGAAAUAAUAAUAAUACAUUUUAUUUAAGGGCGCCUUUCAUGAUACUCAAGGUCACCUUACAAAGAGUACAAAAAGUGCAUUAAAACAGGCAUAAAAACAGGAAUAAAAACAAACAGUAAUACAAUAGACAAUGCAAAAGAUCAGAGGGAGUAGGAGAGUUUGAACAGAUGGGUUUUGAGUCUGGUUUUAAAGAGGGGUAGGGAGUCAGUGUUGCGGAGGUCAGGGGGGAGUGAGUUCCAUAACUGGUAGGUAAUCAAGAUUAACUUGGAACGCAGCAUCAGGUCAUCAGGUUACAGAGUAGCCAUGCUGGUUUUUGUGCACCUUACUGUCAAGUGUUACCUCUCACGGUUUACAUCCUUGUGUCGUUGCAGGCUCGCAGCUGCUUCCCAAAGUACAAUAGGGUCAUGAACAGGUGUUAGGUGGAUUAAUCAUGAGCUGACGUUCUCUCUGUCACCUGCAAAUUCAUAAUCCUGCUUCACAAGCAUUCUUAAAGCCCUUUCGGAUGAGAGUGUGUGUUUUAUUUUUAUUUAAUUUGACCUUGUUUGAGGAGAUCUGCUCCUUCUGCUGGCUAUUCCUCGGGGGAAUUCAGGGUGAGGAGGUCAAGGUUUGAUGCCUUCAUUCGCGGAGGGCGUAGUAUGAAUUUUAAACCAAAACUGAUUCAGAUCCUUUCUUUAUUUAUUCUAAUUUGAAAACCAGGCGUGGAUAAUGGAAUAUAUCUGCUGCCUUUAAACCCCUCGAUGUGCUCUAGUUCAAGAUCUUUGAUUCUGCUUUACAUGACUUAACGGUGAAGGUUACUUUUGGUGAGAUUUCUGGCUGAAGAUGAUGGUUUUUGUGAUGUAACCUAGAAGUAGUAGACCAAAGCUACACUCAAAGACAGAAUCACACUGCAGAAAAUAUUCAUCUGAAGCGAGAGGUCGAGUCAAAGCCACAAUCCCUUUUGGUGCAUUUUCACAACAUUCAGCAGUAAAUCACUGCAGGUCAACGUCUUAAAUAGCUGCUUGCACACAUAAAUUAAUGCAAGUGAGUUUAUUAACAUUUCUAAAGACCUAAGAGUGCAUCAAACCUUGACCUCCUUUUGUGUCCAUUGCUGUAUGCUUUCUCAAUGGUGUAAAAUCUCAUUCUUUGUCGAUAAAGCUAAUGUGUGCUGCAGUA